CAGAUAUAGGAUUUAUUUUCACAAGUUUUCACGUGUGUUUUAUUUUCAUAACCUCAAAAAACUUUUGUGCGAAUUUAAAAAAUUUAUUAUCUGACCUUAAUACUUAUAUGAAAAAUGAACAUAUUGAACGAAAUAAAUGAAGCAUGGGCUUCCGAGUCGGAAGAUGAAGUAGAAAAUGUCAAUCCUGUUCAGCAACCGAAAGAAUCAAAAAGAAAAUAUGAAGACAUUCCAACAACGGAUGGUUCCCCAUCCAAGAAAAAACGUAAAAACGACUUAUAUAAACCACCGACAGUGGAGGAAUUAAACAAUUUAAGGGAAGUAGAAAAUCUGUACAAUAAUAAUUUAUUUAGGCUCCAAAUUACAGAACUCUUAAAUGAAGUUAAGAUAAAGGCUAAAAGAAAGACUAAGUUGACCCAGUGGUUAACACUAUUUAAUGGCACUCUAGAAUCGAUACCAGCUAAUAAAUUAACACUGGCUGAACUAGAGAAGUUAGUAAAGAAGGCAAAACAGAAAAAGAAGAAAGGAUGUCUACCACUUUUAUUAAGAAUUACCACUUAUAAAAGAAUAUUUGAAACUGAUCAGGAUGUGAACUUAUUUCUCGACAAACCAGAAAGUGUCCAGUGUUUUGGUUUGUAUGAAAAUAAUUGUUUACCAGGCCCCAAUUUAUCAUUAAAUAUAAACGUAGUAAUGCCCCAAAGCGCUUUCUUAAUAAAAGACUAUUUGAACAAUCGAUAUUUGGUAAAGAGGUGGUAUUAUUUAUUGUACGUAGCUGAAUAUUUAAAACAAAAGAGGUUAGUUGAUAACAUAGAGAUUGUGUAUCACGAAAACAAUCAUUUGUGUCCAAUAAUAAAACUGCAACCUAAGGAUUGUGAUAAAACAGAUGUUUUCAUAUACGUUUCGCCACAAAAUGAAUCAUUUAAGUGUACCAGAUUUUUACCAGAACAAAACAAUGUUAAAGUUGAUGUUUUUGAAUGCGUAGUUGAUAUAGAUACAUUAAAAAGCUCUCCCACAUUUCUGUACAACAGUUUACUAGCCCAUGAUGUAACUCUUCAUGAUAAUAACGAAUUCGUUAAAGAAGUUUUAAAAGAUCAUGAACAUGUUCAAGAUGCAAUUAAAUUAUUGUGUAUUUGGUUAACUCAGAGAGAACUUAACAUUGGUUUUGGGGCUUUCACGGAAAUAUUGGUGCUGUAUUUGGUAGCUUAUUUAUUGCACAAGAAGAAAAUUACGAAGUUUAUGAGCUCGUAUCAAGUAGUGAGGUAUUUUUGGAACUUUUUGAGUUCUACAGAUCUUUUAAAGGAAAAUAUAAGUAUUACAGAAGUAUCUUCCGAGAUUUUAACCAAGUUUAGACAACAUUUUGAUGUAGUAUUCCUAGAUAAAUCCGGAUGUUACAAUUUAACUUCAUUUUUAGCUAAAGAUAUGUACAAAAAAGUUAAAUUAGAAAGUCAGGUUGCUAUUAAACAUCUCGAUGAAAAUAGAUUUGCGUCUUUUAGAGAACUGUUUCUCACAAAGUAUCCGUUUCCACAUCAAUAUGAUGUUGUUAUUGAUAUUAGCAAUUCUCUUAGUGAUGAAAAUAAAUUUACGUUUUCUGAUGAAGAAAAAUCCACACAUAUUGGUUAUGAAAACGUCCUUCGAUUCAACCAUAUCUCAAAUACCCUCAACAGAGGUUUAAACAAGAGAAUCGAUAAUAUUGUACCGAGAAUCGAACUGUGUGGUAGUGAUAUCAAGAGAUAUCUUCUUGGAAUCAACUUGAAUCCAAAUGACGCGUAUAAUUUUCUAGACAAAGGCCCGGAUUUCAAUAUGUUUGAAGAAGCAGCUGAGUUUCGAAACUUCUGGGGACACCUUGCAACAGAUAGAAGGUUCAGAGAUGGGUCUAUAAAUGUAGCAGUUUAUUUUAGAACCAACACCAUUAGAGCGAAAAGAAAUAUAAUCAAAAAGAUCAUCAACUUUGUUUUAGAAGAAAAACUGCAGUUGAAGUUUAAGAUUUUCUAUGACAAGUUCGAAGACGUAAUUUUAUUCAAACGUUUAGUACCGAAUUACCCAAGUGGUACAAACGAAGAGACAUGUCUAAAAAUUAUUCACGCGUCGGAUGCAUUGAGCAAGAUGUUGAGGAUGUUGCAGUUGCCGUUGAAGAUCACUGGUGUGCAAGGAGUAUCUGAUGUCUUCGCCUACGCUCAACCUUUUCCACCGAUACCAGCUAAUUAUCAGCCGGAUUCUAGCAUACUCUUAACUAAGGGUGACAAUAUAAUCUUCAAUGUAGACCAAAAAAUGAAGAAAGUUCCACGAUUCGUUCAAACAGUAGACUGCGUGUUACAGCUCGAACAAAGCUCGAAAUGGCCGAACGAUCUUCAAGCUCUUCGAGACAUCAAAACCAUCUUUUACCUAGACAUCGCGAAGCUACUGAAAGAUAACCAUGGGCUCCUCACACAUCCUACUCCUGGAUAUUUAGACGUUUUCUACCAAGGUGUAGUGUUCCGGUACAGGCUGUUCGUGUCUAAAGAAGUUGGUCUAGUGAAGAAAAUACAUAGUGAGAGUGGUGUAACUAGCUAUAAAGAAUCCCUGGAAAGUUAUAAUAUGGAAAUGUCGUUGAGUGUGGUACCGAAGAUAAUUGGUGGUCUGAGGGGUAUACAGUCUGCAUAUCCGAGUUACGGACCUGGUACCGCUCUAAUCAAGCGAUGGUUAAGAGCUAAUCUUCUGGACGAGUUCCAUAUUUCAGAUCUGGUUAUAAAUCUUCUAGCUGCUUCACUGUACCUCAACGAAAACUCCCCUAACCCAGUCACUCCACAAAAAUCGUUCUUGAGGUUCCUCAAGUUCCUAUCUGAAACAGACUUUACCUUAUAUUUAGUAAUAGUCAAUUUCAACGAAGAAAUAUCCAAAGACGACAUAGCUACGAUUGAGUCUGAAGUUACUAAUAACAGGAACAGCUUUCCAAAUCUCUGCAUUGUUACACCGUAUGACCAUUCCAGUACAAUAACCAAGAAUGCUCCAUCCAAGCAGAUUUUGAACCGAAUUAAGUUAUUAGCUGUAGAAAGCUUGAAGUUUAUCGAUCAGAUUAUCGUAGGACAGAACAACCUAGGUAUAAAGGAGCUUUUUAUACCUAACUUUGAAGGAUUUAACGCCCUAAUUAACAUAAAACGAGCAUUUAAUUCCAGAAGGCACGAGCAAAUCGCCUUUUCUGCCGUCGAAAAGAGAACGGUAGUAGAAAAAUACGAAGCCAAUAACUCCGAUCGAAUACCGAUAGUGAACUUCGACCCUGUCGCAGAAUAUUUGAAAACUCUGAGAGAAAAUUAUGGAAAAUACGCGUUGUUUUUCCACGACAGCUAUGGAGGCAAUGUAAUAGGAGUUUUGUGGCACCCGAGAGUCUUUGAAACGGAUGAGUUUAAGGUUGGUAAAAUUAACGGGAGUGAAAUAAAGGAGGGUAAAGUUGUUUUUAACUUUGAUCGUGUAAUCGAGGACUUUUACGUAUUGGGAAGAGGUUUGGUGCAAUAUAUCGAGAGGAAAUAGAGACUACUGAAGAUGUUUGGAGAUUUUCUCGUGCAAAUGACAUGUUCUGUUAUUAACCGUGAUUUAACAGCAUAAUCACUACAAAAACUUUUAUGUCAGGUUUAGAACUGUAUACAUACAACUAUACUAUUUUGGUAUAAUAUUUAUAAUAAUGUAUAGAAAUAAACAGUGCUGUUUUUGUAACUAUACAGGUUCCGGUACGCAAUGUUCCAGUGGGUCUGGGGGUUAUUCAUAAGGAGGGUCCGCCCCCGAGAAAAGUUUUUAAAUUUAGCCUCAGUAAGGGCGUUUGAAAGCUAUUUGGGAGCAAGGAAAAAUUAAGGAAUUUGUCUAUAGUUUUGUUGUUUUUUUUAAGAUAUUCUUCUUUAGCGGCGAAUCGAUUGAGGGUAAAAUUUGAUUGAUCCGCGCGCAUGCGCACACCGACAGUAUGGUAUUAGUCGUUAUACGGGCUCUGAUUGGGUAUUGAAAUUUUGAAAUGAUCUGUCAGUAAUUGUUCAAUAUGGAGGUUAUCGGUAAACAAAAAUAUUGUAUAAUAUUAGUUUUUAUUGAUGUGUGGACAGAAAUAAAAUCAAAUUUAUAAUUAUAGUGACUUUUUAAAUAGUUUUGAAAAGCCGCAGGUACGUAAUUCUAAAUGUUUUAGUUGGAAAUACCUAAUAGUUUCGAUACAUAUCUAUUUGGAAAAUGUAAACAAAAUAAUGUAGUUACCUAUUAGUAGGCAAUGCUUUAAUUUACAUAAUCUGAUUACGAACAAACUUUCUACAAAUCUUCAUCUCAUAUAUCGUUUUCUUACUCUAUAUUUUGUUGUAUUUUAUUUCGACAAAAAACAAACUAAUAAUUUUAUUAAAUUCGUAUAAAUUUAUGGUGUAAACGUUUAGUUUGUGUAUAUUACCACAUGACGUAUACGCGAAUGUGGUGCAGUUUGAAAUGCCGUCAACUUUCGUACGGCGCGGUAGACGUGAAGUGGGUUCGAGCCCCAAGCAAGUUAUUAUUUUUUUAUAGAUUUUAUGAUUGUAAGUAUAUUAUUAUAUAAUUUUUGAAGAUAUUCUUCUUUUUUGAAAGUGGUAGAUAAGAAAGUUAGUUUGAUUUUUAAACAAAAUAAGUACAAAUAACCAUUUAAGUAUAUUUACUUCGUUUAAAUUACCUAUUAUAUAAUAGAAGAAUAUCUUCUUACGUGCGUACAAAGUACACACACAUUCUUUUUUAUUUUGUGUCUCGAGAGGUACCGGCGCGUACCGUCACAAAAACAGCACUGGAAAUAACUGUUGUUAUUAAAUAUGAGAAUAAUA